AUGAAAGUGAAAUCUAAGCUAUUCUUAUUUAUUAAAAUCGAGGCAUUUAUCAUUUUAACAUGGAUAUAUCGUUUUAAUAGUGAAGUCAGUAACAUUUGUAAAUAUUUGGAUGAGAAGGACGUUAUUGAUGAAAAAUUAUGUACAAAAAAUUAUCGCCUACUAGCAAGGUAUAAAAAGGAAAAGUGUUCAAAUAUCGUAUGGGAAAAAAAAGAUAUUCUAAAUAAUGACGAAUGCGAAAAGAAAUAUAUAUCUAGGAAUGGAAGGGUAUCCAAAGGAAAAAAUAAAUUGCCAAAAAUGUAUGCGUCAGAUACUAUGGGAGGCUGUAAAAAAGCAGGGAAAAGUAAAUCUUCUGAAUAUAAUAACGUAAAUACCUAUUAUGGGAAAAGAAUGUUAGACAAAAUAUAUUAUAAAAAUGUAGUUAGGUAUAGUAAAAAUGCUGAUUUUAAGUUUAUGAAAAAAUGUAUACAACAAAAUGAUGGGUCAUUUUUUGCUUUAUUUAUCUUCCAUUUAGUAGUUGGGGUAGCAUUCGCUAUGUUAAUGUAUUUUUUGUAUGAUAGCCUAAGCUCUAUGAGCACUAGACAUUUAUUAAAAUAUUUUGGAUCAUUAUAUAUAUUAUGGAUUAUAGUUUUAGUGAGGCUUUUUUAUAUCCUAAGAAAAAUAGAUAAACAUAAAAAAUUAUUACAUUUAAAAAGUAAAAUGAACUACACAGUAUAA